AUGCAGACAUUCGACUUAGCUACCACUGCUGGAUGUCAUUAUAAGCGAAAACUGGGCCUUGAAACAGUCACGUCAAGCGUCGAUUCACCAUUGGUCUCAGCUACCACUGGUGGGCCACGGAAACCUUCGGAUGCGAUUAUAGGCGAGGACCCAAGCCUUCAAACUGUCAGCAACAGUGUUAUCUGUCGUCAGCGGCAGCUCAUCAAAGUGAAGGCCGAUGUCGUUCAGUCCAGUACUUUACGCGGAAACUUUUCAUCGCCUAUUUGCCGCCUGCCGACUGAAAUUCUUUCGGAAAUCUUCCUCUACUGUUUGCCUGAAGACGAGCAUUGGAUGUAUGCAUCGAGACUGGCUCCCUUGCUUUUGACCAGGAUAUGUCGCCAAUGGAGAGAGGUUGCUGUGGGCUUGCCAGGUUAUGGUGCAGGCUGCAGUUGGAACUCUGUCCCAAUCCUUGGCAGGACAGAGCUUUCGGCUACGACUCCUGGCUGA